GGACCGGUUCCACCGGGCUGCGCGUGUGGCGGAAAGAGUCUGGAUUUCUGAUGGGCACGCCUAGGCGCGGAGGAAUAGGUGCCACAGGGAGCGGGUAGCAAGGUGGGUUCGGAGCAGAAGAUUCUUGAUAGAGAAAGCAGCGCGGUCAGGCGAUGCUGAUGGAGCUGCUGAGCGAUAGGCGAUACGAUGAUCACAGCUUGCGCGGGGCAAGUGCUUCGAGGCGCGUCGUCCAUCCGAAUCGCCGCGCGCGCCUUGCUAGCAGACAGAAGCGUUUGUCGUUGUCGCAGCAUCCCCGAGAGAGCGAGCACUGCUGAGCACAUAUUCCUUCAUAUAGCCUGCUGCAAACGUUUGGAUGGCCGAGCAAAUGUCCUCUGCCUCCAGCAUCUGGGACCCCUCUUCACCAUCGCAACACUCACGCCCACCAUGGUCAACUUUUUCAAGCGUUCCAACAAGCUGCAAGCUCCGCCUCCACCCGUUCAGAAGCCCAUCCUGCACGCUCGCGAUUCGGGCUUCUCUGAAAGCGGCGCUUGGAGUCAACCUCAGACCACGCCAUUCGCGAUGCACGCACAAGCUGGUGCGGCGCCAAUGCCUCCCCUUGGCGGAGGUCACGCUCUCGAUCCGACGCGCGACGAGCACACGAAAGCGCGCCGCCGCGGAAAAGACUGGCUACCGUACCGCGGACAGAGCAAGAGGCUGGUCAUCGCCGUGGAUCUGGGCACGACGUACUCUGGCGCAUCCUACUGCAUCCUCACCCCCGGCAAGACGCCCGAGAUUGCAGAGGUGACGGCUUUCUCUGGACAAGCGAAUGGAGCUUCGAAAGUGCCUACCGAGGUCGGCUACAGCGUCGAAGGCGUGCCUUGCUUCUUUGGCGCCGAGUGCUCCUUUGCGCCCAAUGCUAUGCAGCUUGCCAAUGCAGGUGGUCAGGUGGCGCGGUGGUUCAAGCUGCAUCUCAAGCCCGCGCACCUCUCCUUGUCGGUCGCGCAAGACGAUGCGUCCAACCCUCUGCUGGCUCCCAUCCCGUUCGGACUGAAGCCGCAAAAGGUGCUGGCCGAUUUCUUGCACUACAUGGUGCGCUGCGUCGGCGAGCACAUCAAGACCCGACACGCCAAUGCCAUGGAGCUCAUGUGCGAGCUUGCGCAAUCCACCAGCUACGUCAUCACCAUUCCAAACGGAUGGGAAGCAGCUCAGCAAGCUAUUCUGAGGCGCUGCUGCGUCGAUGCGGGUCUGGUCGCUGCAGAGAGCGCAGAGGCUGUCAAAUUCGUCUCUGAAGCCGAAGCGUCCAUCCACUUUUGUUCGCAGUCCGCCGCAUCGAGCGCUUGGAUGGACGAGGUGGGCCAGCAAGUCCUCGUCUGCGAUGCUGGCGGUGGUACGGUCGACAUUUCGACGUACGAGGUCACCGCUACUGCUCCUUGCCUGUUGGUCAAGGAGAUCGCCAGGUCCGACUGUCUCAUGGCCGGCAGCACCGUCAUCGAUCGUCGAGCUGCCGAGCUUCUGCGUCAGAAGCUGGCCGGCACGCCUUGGGCCGAGCCGGCGCAACUGUUGCAGCUGCAAUUGAAGUUCUGCUCCAGCGUCAAGGAGCUCUUUAGCAAUCCUUCGCAGAGCAUGCUCCUCGAGGUGGGAUCUUUCAGGGACAAUGAGCCGGAAUUGGGCAUCAAGAAUGGUCUCUUGGAGCUGACUGGCGAAGAGAUGGCGGCCUUGUUCGAGCCGUGCAUCGAAGCCACGUGCAACAGCAUCAUGGACAAGGCUCAAAAGACCAACGGGCGUCGAGGUCCGCUGACAGUCGCCAUGGUAGGCGGCUUCUCCGAGAGCGCCUACUUUAGGUCCGAGCUGCAAAACAGAUUGGGCGGCUUGGUGCGCAUGACGAAGCCGGAUGGAGCAUUGUCCAAAGCGGUCGCUUCCGGUGCAGUGGCUUGGUCGUUGGAUGGCAUGGUCUCUACGCGAGUUGCGAGAAUGUCGCUGGGCAUUCGAUGCAACGCUCUCUACCGACCCGAAAAGCCAGGUCACGUGGAAAGGCAGCACCUGAGCUUUGCAGGUCAAGAUGGCCGCUGGAAAUUGCCCGGCGUGUUCGCCCCCAUCAUCAGGAAGGGAGAGAGCGCAUCCACUACAGCGGAGCACAUUGAGCCGUUCAACUUGACGUGGCCUAUCGGUGCGCCGCCGAUGAAGGAGGUCGUCUUGUUCGUGCAUCGAGACGAGGAUGGAGAUGAUGAUGAUGAGCAGCACAUUCCCGAAUUCGUCGAAGAGGAAGGCUUGUGAGUGCUGCGCGCGUGCGCUGCGUGCGUGCGCUGCGUGCGUGCGUGCAUGCUACAUCGCAUCGCUGCUUCUCUGUGCUGACACGCAGCAACCCCCCGCCCCCGCCCCCGCAGCGAGGAGCUGUGUCGCUUCGAGAUUGACCUGUCUCACUUUGCCAUGCGCAUGCCGCUGCCCGUCAAGACGUCGCCUACAGGCCAGCGCUACGUGGAAGCCAAGAUUCAGCUGGCCAUGCAGCUCAACGGCACCGAGAUCACCGCCCAGACGAUCUUUACGCACGGCGGACAGACUUAUAGAAGCCCAGCCAUGGUGCACGCCAACGAAUCCUUGAUUGCGCAGUAGUGUAUGAUCCCGUCUUGCACGCGAUGCGUCCUGCUCCCCCUUCUUGUCACGUCGCGCUUGUCGCUUGACCCGCUCUCGCUCGCGGCAUUCCAAUCGAUGCUUCUUACUUCAUUCUCUGUUCAGCCUUCGACUCGCGUGUCUGAAUGCAAUCGUG